AUGAAGGAAUGCAUGGGAAAACCGAUGUGUGGAGGGCAGAGAUUUGUCUCCAUCUCAGUGGAGGAGAUGGAGAGCUACUACUCAUACACCCGCUGCUGUCAGCAGCUGCAUUAUGACAUUCUGCAGAAGGAAGAUGGUCCUCUGUGUGCAGCUGAAGUUGGCUCUGAACUCCAGAAGCAGUUUGCCAUCUUACCAGGGGGCCGCGGGAUGAACGGCAGCCCCAUCAUCAUCUUCCCAGAGUUCCCAGCUUUUAGCGAGCUGGAGGAAGGGGAGAUCCAAAAUGUGCUCAGCUACCUCACAAGCGUCCCCAGCGUUGCAGCAUCAGGAGUGGGUUUCAUCCUGGUCAUCGACCGACGGCUGGACCGAUGGGCCGCUGUCAGAGCUACCCUGCAUCGCAUCGCAGGUUCAUUUCCAGGGAACUUGCACUUGGUUCUGGUGUUGCGUCCCACUACUUUAUUCCAGCGGACUCUCUCGGACUUCUUGUUCAAGUUCAACAAGGAUGAGUUCAAAAUGAAGGUGGUGAUGCUGAGUUCGGUGACUGAGCUCCAUGCUUAUAUUGACCCUGGACAGCUUACUACAGAACUGGGAGGCACGCAGGAAUACUGUCAUGACAGCUGGAUCUCACACCGCACUGCCAUUGAGGCAUUUGCCCUCAUGGUGAAGACAACGGCUCAAACCCUGCAGGCGUUUGGAACUGAGCUUGCAGAGACAGAAUUACCAAACGAUGCUGAAGCCACCACCAACCUGCUGCACGUGCACACUUUGAAGAAGGAUAAAAUGAAGGAAGACCUGCAGGUUGCAUUGUCUCAAGGAGGACGUCUGCUAGAGUGUAUCAAUGAGCCUCUGCAGACAGAUCCUGAGUACAACAUGAUGCACGAUGAACUGGAAAACUUAGCUACUGUACAGAGACUCCUGGGUCAGCUAGAUGAAACGGAGACAGCGUUUGAUGAUUUCUGGGAGCGUCACCGCACCAAGCUGGAGCAGUGUUUGCAGCUCCGCCAUUUUGAACUGCACUUCCGUGAAGUGCGUGCCCAGCUUGAUGUGAUGUCCGAGCGGUUGUCAGGUUUCUCUGAAGUGAGUGUAAGCCCCGUCCAUGCUGAACACGUCCUCCGAGAGCUCAGCACCCACGAGGACAAGGCUUGCGACAUGAUGGACCUUGCAUUGUCUCUGGCCAGCGAAGGCGACAGGCUGAUAGAAAACUCUCACUAUGCUGAGGACUCCAUCAGGCCGAAGUGCAGCGAGUUGAGAGGAGUGUGUGAGGAGAUUAACUCUACUCUGAGAAGCAAGAAGAGCCUCCUGCUCAGGGCUCUGGAGCUCCACCAUGCUCUGGAAAAGGCAUCGAGGUGGUGUGAGGAGGGUAUCUUCCUUCUGGCUAGCCAGCCUGUGGACCGCUGUCAGUCUCAGGAUGGAGCUGAAGCAGCUCUGCAAGAACUAGAGCGAUACCUAGAUACAGCAGCUCUACACACCCUCACAGACCGCAGCGCCAUCUGCUGCCAGUAUGAGGCAGUACUCAACGCUCAGCUCAGGGACCAGAUAGAGCGAGUUUUCCAGAAGCAAAGCUCUGUCCAGGAGAUGUUUGAGAAGAGACGUGUCAGCCUAAAGAAACUUGCUGCCAAACAGACCAGGCCCGUCCAGCCAGUCGCUCCAAGACCUGAAGUCAAGUCUCCGCUUUCCUCUCCCAUUCAAGACAGAAAAGAACGGAGGUACUCAGCAGACAGUGCCCUCUGUAAAAAGGUAGAGUCUCCCAUACAUAAUGGUGGCACUAGACACGCUUCUCUCUCAGAGGAAGAAGAAAACCUGGCAGUUCUUCGGCGCCACGUGAUGAACGAGCUGCUGGAGACGGAGAGAGCGUACGUAGAGGAGCUACUGUGUGUGCUGGAGGGCUACGCAGCAGAGAUGGACAACCCCGCCAUGGCCCACCUCAUCCCCAGCACCCUGCAUAGCAAGAAGGACAUUCUUUUUGGCAACAUGCCUGAAAUCUACCAAUUUCAUAAAAGGACAUUCCUAAAGGAGCUGGAAGCGUACACUGACUGCCCAGAACUAGUGGGCCGCUGCUUUUUAGAACGGAUGAAGGACCUACAGAUCUAUGAGGCUUACUGCCAGAAUAAACCUCGCUCCGAGAGCUUGUGGAGACAGUGCUCCGACUGUGCCUUCUUCCAGGAAUGCCAGAAGAAGCUGGAACACAAACUUGGUUUGGACUCCUACCUCCUUAAACCUGUCCAGAGAAUCACCAAGUACCAGCUACUGCUGAAAGAGCUGUUGAAGUACAGUAAGGGCUGUGAUGGCUCAGAUGACCUACAGGAAGCUCUUACUUCCAUCCUGGGGAUCCUAAAAGCUGUCAAUGACUCCAUGCACCUUAUUGCCAUCACAGGAUAUGAGGGUAACCUGUCAGAGCUGGGUCGUCUGCUCAUGCAGGGUUCCUUUAGUGUGUGGACAGAGCACAAGAAAGGCCACGCUAAAGUGAAGGACCUGGCCAGGUUCAAGCCCAUGCAGAGGCACUUGUUCCUGCACGAGAAGGCCCUGCUCUUCUGCAAGAGGAGAGAAGAGAACGGGGAGGGAUAUGAGAAAGCUCCAUCUUACAGCUUCAAACACUCCCUCAGUAUGAGUGCUGUGGGCAUCACAGAGAAUGCUAAAGGAGACAACAAAAAGUUUGAGAUUUGGUGCAAUUCCAGAGAAGAGGUUUUUAUUGUUCAGGCUCCAACCCCAGAGAUUAAAACAGCAUGGGUGAAUGAGAUCCGUAAGGUUCUCACUCAGCAGCUCAAAGCCUGCAGAGAUGCAAGCCAGCAGAAGAGCUCAGACAUUGUUUCUCCAAGUCCCACCAGCAACAACACCUCCAUCUCCCUUAGUCCCUUCAGAAGCAGUGCUCAGAAGAACCAGAAGAAGCAGGAGGAGAAGAAGGCUGAGCCAAGCCCGGCUUCUGAUGCCAUCUCAUGUUCCUCACCGAAACACAAAGAUGAAACUGUUACCAGCCCGACCACUGACAGGUCCUCAGUGGCUAAAAAGCGUUUCACUUUGCAGGGCUUCAGUAAUCUCAAAAGUCCCAAAGGUAACAAUUUUAACACUCUGAGCCCCGAGCACGCCUCCAAACGCCACUCGGUCAAGAGUGACCCCACACCAUUUGGGUUUAAAGAGCCAACUCCACCCUUCACUCUGAGCAGAGUCAAAUGGAUGAGUACCUCUAGUCUGUUGCAGAGCAAGCGGCAAGGAUGGAACAAGGCAUCUCUCUCAGUGGAUGCGUCGGAGGAGAACGAUGUCUACUCCAGCGGAGAGGACCCCAUGAACUCUGACACAGAGGAUGAAGUAGUAAAGAAGCUGGCUCCAGGAAAAUACACUGUGGUAGCAGACUGUGAGAAGGCGGGACCUCAAGAACUGUCUGUCAAGAGUGGAGACAUGGUCCAGUUGAUCAGGGAAGGAGAGGAGGGACAAUGGUUUGUGAAGAACCUUCGCAGCAGUAAGGAGGGCUGGGUGGCAGCAGCAAACCUCCUCAGCCUCAUCUCAGAGUCCAAGUCAUCCCAGUCACUCAGCAGCUCAGAUGGCAGUGUCUCCGGGAACCUCAGCACUUCUUCCAGCUGCAGCGAAUCCUACACCAGCUUCUCUGACAUCAAACCCUAGAUCUGAGAUCACCGACAAAUCUCCAUCUAUCAGUCGAAAUCUGAAACUGUCUCCAGGUGGAAUCAGCGAAGCUAAAGCCGACUGACAGGAGAACUUAAACAGUUUUUGUUUCUUUUUUUUUUUAUUGAGAGUUCAUAGCUUGUUGGAUCAUACCAGAACCCAAGAAGGAAAGUAGCUUCCACAGGUCGUUACAUCAAGAGUCAUUUAUUCCAAAACAUUCAUAUCAAAGUCAUGUGAUGUACCACCUCCUGUCAGGCUUGCUUAAAAAUGCUAAGAGGCUAAAUGUCUUAAUUAACUGAACAGAUGUUCAGUGCCAUACUGGAAUUAUGUAGCAUCAAAGUGGACAGCUUGAAGAAUAUCUUCACUAAAUGCAGCACUGCUUGUGUCAACCAGGUUGAAACCCCACAAGUCAAAAAGAUAUCACAGCACAACGACAGAUUCUUGUUUGGAGCACUCAUAAAUAUUAUCAAGCAGGUAUUUCACAUGAUCCAUUGGCUUUAGUGUUAGACACUGAUCGUGCACUGUGAAAAGUAGCAGGUGGCUGCAAUGAGAGAAAGGCUUUCAGUGCACCUUGGAGCAAAAACCGAGCAGGUUCAAUGUUAUAAUCUUUUGUGUAUUGGACAUUAAUGGGGCCGAGGUUGUUAGAUCCCCGUUGUGUGACACAGUAACACUGUUUUCCUCCCACAUAUUUAAAUGAAAUGCAGAUUUAUUUCCAGGUGAAUGUCAACAACAGCACUACCUGGUAGUCACAUGUCUUGCACUUCUCCAUCUACUCGAAGACCGGCAGCUUUGACAUCUUUUAAACCUCUGUUUUUUAAAGAGGACUCGCCUCUGAACUGCGCUGCAUUUAUCUCUCAGGAAAUCCAAGAAGUUGCGUGGACAGGCAGGUGUGACUGCAUACCUGCACAUGCUGGCUAAACGUCUCUGUGUGUUUUGCAUUCUUGCCUGUUUGUGUGUUUUAUGCCAGGAAGCCUUUUGAGGCACAAACACAAGUCAUGGAACAGUUUUUUUUUUUUUUUUUUUUUUGUGGCAGUGAAAACAUUUUUCCCAAAUCUUAAUAGUCUGCAUAUAUAUUUGUUGUUGUGUUACUGUGCUCACCUAUAUUUGGUCUGCACAAAAGCAAGCUUUGUCCUCUCCCUCUGCUCCUAGCCCCAUUCAGGCAUGUGACAGUGGCCACUUUUCCACAAGCCCAGUCAGGGCUCAGACCUGCUCAACAUGUUUGCACCUCCAGCCUGAAAGCAACAUUUUUUUUAACUUGGCAACAUAAUGUAGCUGAUCACAAUCCAAUAUCAAAUAUCCAAUUAUCAAAAAAAAAAAAAAUCUGACAAGCUGAUAACACACCUGUAAGAAACCUGUGCUGUUCUGAAUGCUGAAUGACACCUUUUCUCUUCCUUGUUUUCUAAGAGUAAACACACUUUUUAUAACCCAGGAUUUCUGCUGUAUCCACAGGGCGCUGUAAAACACUCUCUUCCUUUUUCAUUAAACAAGAAAGUGCAGGACUUGUUGCACUGAAAUCAACCCUACUUGUUUGUAUCAUGUAUUCAUCAGCUAGCCCAACAAUGCCUCUUUAGUUUGUUAAAUUGGACUUAAUCAGAGUGCUCAAUGUGAAAGUAGAGAAAAAGGAAGAAACUAUUUUGCAGGUCUUUUCAGUGUCGAAGUGUGUUUCUGGCCUUUAUGUGUUGAUAAAUGUUACACUUGUAUAGAUGUCUGCCCUAUACCUCACACUCUUAUCCUCAAGAGCAUGUAUACUGUCAAGAGAAUCAUGGUUUUUUGUAAGUCUCUUUGUCGCAUCACUCUUUGUGGCAUGUUCUUCACGGCCCCAAUUGUAAAUCUCCUGAACAAGACAAAUAUUUUUUAUCUGUUGUAAAAUUGUGAGAGUUUAUUUUCUGCCCUUAUGAGAUACCUGACACAGGCACUAAAAUUGUCAGUGUUUGAUUGUGGUCACACAGUAAAUCUUACAAAGUUAUUUGUACUUUCGACUCUGAGGCUGGAUAGAUGAGAAAGGGUUAUAUAUUUUUUGUUUUUAUGCAGCACAUUGCAGCAAACACUGUCUUUAUUUUCUUAUUGUAUAUCGACUGAAUAUGGUGGUGAGAUAAAAGUUAUGUGACAUAUCUGUAUAUUUGUAAAUAUGUAAUUCUGACUUGUAUGUAAAAUUAAAAGCAGCCUUAAUAAACUUUGAGAUGGUCUCUUU